ACUGAAAACCCGGAAACGCUGCAUAAAGAGAGUGAAAGUCAGCGUCCAGAAAAUAAUCCCGUCCCGACAUGUUUUCUUCUGGGCUUUGUUUUGUUAUGUACCGCUAGCCAGGCCUCCGAAUAAUGGCCAUCGUGUUGUCAGUGUUGCUGUAGGUAGAAGUCGACACUAUUAAACAGGCUUUCAUUAGCAAAGCAAAGAUGCCAGCUCGUAGUGUUGUGUCCAACGGCGUUCCUGCCAGUACUGUGAAGUACUCCAGGUUAGCCACUCAUGACGACGGCUACAUUGAUUUACAGUUCAAAAGAAGUCCACCCAAAGUGCCGUACAAAGCCAUAGCGCUCGCCACGGUCCUGUUCUUAAUCGGCUCGCUGUUAAUCAUCAUCGGCUCACUUCUCCUGGCAGGAUACUUUGGAGUCACUCACUCCGACCGCACCAUUCCCGUCCUGGUCAUAGGAAUCCUUGUUUUUCUUCCUGGAAUUUACCAUCUGCGAAUAGCUUAUUACGCAUCGAAAGGAUACCCAGGAUACUCCUACGAUGACAUCCCAGACUUUGAUGACUAAAUGCGUUGUGUCUUGAAGCAGAACGACGUCCUCAAAUUUCUCACACGUCCCCGCUCAGUGAAGGAUGUAAUUUUAGUAGCUUUUAAAAAAAAAAAAAAUCUGUUCGCUUAUUGUUCCUUUGCUGAUAUGAAGCAAAUAUUGUGUGAUACAUGUAAUCGUUUUGUUUUCCAGUAAAUUAAAACAUCUGCAAUUUAUGACUUAAUUCAUUAUUUUUUUUUUGAUUAGGUGCUUACCUUAUGCUGAGAUAUUUACAUGGAAACUUCUUUUUCCUCACACGACAAAAUGGCUGUGCAGACAAUGUAGCGGAAUAAUGUCAAAAUAAAAGAUGACUUGUU